AAUCUACACGAGUCACGACCUCAGAGCGAGAUGUAUGGACUGCAGAGGGAACGCUGCUCUUAAAGGGCCAGACACGACUUCAGAGGGAACGCUGCUCUUAAAGGGCCAGAUGCGACUUCGGAGCACGAGCCUCACAGACAACGUGAUCUCCUGGUGACUGGAUGAAGAGCUUCAGCCUCUUCCUCUUCAUCAGGAGCUGGAAGGAAGAACCACGAAGAGUUGAGGUGAAGAUGCCGCUCUACUUCCCGACCGAAGCCCUCGUCUCCAGACCCUUCCCUUCGGACUCCAUCUUCUCCUCCUCCUCCUCCUCCUCCGCAUGGACGAUGGAGCCGCUGGCGCCGGACGGUUUCCUCGCCGCCGUGGCCAACGCCAGCGCGCCCGGCGCCCUGAGCUGCACCUACAAGGAGGAAUUCAAGCGGAUACUCCUUCCCGCCGUGUACACGCUGGUCUUCGUGCUCGGACUUCCCCUCAACGCCGCCGUCAUCGUGAAGAUCUGGAGGACUCGGCCCAAUCUGUCCAAAAACAACAUCUACAUGCUCAACUUGGCCAUCGCCGACUUCCUGUACGUGAUGUCACUUCCUCUGCUCAUCUACAACUACGGCAGUCGUGACUACUGGCCCUUUGGGGAGUUCGCCUGUAAGCUGGUCCGGUUUCAGUUCUACAGCAAUCUUCACGGCAGCAUCCUCUUCCUCACCUGCAUCAGCGUGCACCGCUACGUGGGCAUCUGCCACCCGCUGGCCAUGUGGCCCAAGCAAGGCGGCCGCAGGCUGGCGUGGCGCGUCUGCGGCGGCGUGUGGCUCGUGGUCGCCGUCCUCUGCGCGCCCACUUUCCACUUCGCCGCCACGGGAACGCAGCGCAACCGCACGGUGUGCUACGACCUGAGCACGCCCGGGAACUCGGUGACCUACUACCCGUACGGCAUGGUGCUCACCUGCCUCGGCUUCCUGCUGCCCUUCGUGGGCGUGAUGGCGUGCUACUGCCGCAUGGCGCUCAUCCUCUGCCGCCCGCCGACCUGCCGCAGCGCCUCCGGGGAGAAGCGGGACAAGGCAGUGAGGAUGAUCGUGGUGGUGGCGGCGGUGUUCUGCGUCAGCUUCCUGCCGUUCCACUUCACCAAGACGGUGUACCUGGUGGUGCGGGCGCUGCCCGGCGUGCCCUGCGAGACGCGCAACUUGCUCGCCGUCGUCUACAAGUGCACGCGGCCGUUCGCCAGCGCCAACAGCUUCCUGGACCCCAUCCUGUUCUACUUCACGCAGCCGCGCUACCGCCAGAGCACCAGGAGGUUCAUGCUCAAGGUCACCACGCUCAGGGACAAGGGCACCAGCGUCUGAACCAGCACCCUGCAGGGGGUCGGACCCCCGGAGGCCGCAGGGUGGCGCGUGUGUCGAGUUUCCUUCCGCAUCUUCUAAUGCGAGUCCUUUUCCUGCUGCUCGAGGUUCCUGAGAGGGUCUGACCAUCGAGAGGUUCUCAGACCUCAAGAAGACUUCCCGAGAUGCAAGUUGGAGGUCGCAAUCUCGCAAUUCACCAUCGCAGCAACCACAGUGUCCUACUGGGCCACUUAUUGAGAUUCCAGAGUGCUGCAGAUAUAAUAUACAGACGAUAGGACGUUGACAUCUUUGGUUGAGUUCCAAUGCAUCUUCUAAUAAAAGUCCUUUACCUGCUACUCGAGGUUCCUGAGAGGGUCUGACCAUCGAGAGGUACCCGGACCUCAAGAAGACUUCCCGAGAUGCAAAUUGGAGGUUGUGAUCUCGCAAAUGAGUAUCGCAGCAACCGCAGUGUCUUCCUAUAGGUCCAUGUAUCGAUGUAUCGUUUGCUGAGUGUUCCUCAUGCAUCUUCUUCUAAAAGUCCUUUACCUGCUACUCGAGGUAACGGAGAACCUUCCUGAGAGGGUCUGACCAUCGAGAGGUACCCGGACCUCAAGAAGACUUCCCGAGAUGCAAAUUGGAGGUUGUGAUCUCGCAAUUCACCAUCGCAGCAACCACAGUGUCCUACUGGGCCACUUAUUGAGAUUCCAGAGUGCUGCAGAUAUAAUAUACAGACUAUAGGACGUUCACAUCUUCGGUUGAGUUUCCUCAUGCAUCUUCUUAUAAAAGUCCUUUACCUGCUACUCGAGGUAACGGAGAACCUUCCUGAGAGGGUCUGACAAUCGAAAGGUACCCGUAAGUCAAGAAGACUUCCUGAGAUGCAAAUUGGAGGUCGCAAUCUCGCAAAUUAGUAUCGCAGCAACCGCAGUGUCUUCCUAUUGGUCCAUGUAUCGGUUGCUGAGUGUUCCUCACGCAUCUUCUAAUGCGAGACCUUUCUUUGCUUUUGCCUUCCCCUUCCUGAGAGGGUCUGACUAUCGAGAGGUACCCGGACGUCAAGAAGACUUCCCGAGAUGCAAGUUGGAGGUCGUGAUCUCGCAAUUGACCAUCGCAGCAAUCUCGGUGGAAGGAGCCACGGAGGAGAAGCACGUCGGACCAGACCCACAGGAGGAGGAGGUCCAUCCGAGGAAGGGGGAUGAGCCACGUCAGACUGGACCCCACCUGAUGGGACUGACCACGCCCACCGCAGUGGAGAGAAACCACACUGGAACCACAUCACACACUGCACCAAUGCAGCAGCACCUGAAGGAAGGCCAGAGGGCAGGAGAGGGCAGGAGACCAUCACGGCAAAGCCCUGCCGGCCACAGAGGAGAGGAGAAGCAAGGCGUGGCCAAUCCACACCAGAACACCAGCAGACGGCUGAGGGAGCUGGAGAGGGGGAUGACCUUCACACUCACAGAAAGGAGAGAACGAUAUGGAGAGCCCAGCUGAAAGAACAAUGCCCGUCUCAUGGAACCCCAAGAAGAAGACGUGGUCCCUAGCAAUAGGAGGUAACAGCCAUUAUCGGACUAACGGUCAGAUUGACCUGCGAUGAGGUUGGUUCAUCAGGGUGGCUCUAGAGAACCCUGCGAUUGUGAUAAAUGUGUUUUAUAACCUAAUAUUGUUGGGGCUUGCAUUUCUUAUCAGGUCUAAUAACCUGAGAAAAACAGCAUAUUCUGCCAUUGACUAGUCGAGUUGCCUUAAGUGACAUUAGUAGAGUGUAACCCUUAUAAAAGGGCAUUUCUGUUUACUUAUGUGAUGUGAUAAUAAUGGAUAACAAGAUAUAAGCAAUAACACCCCAAAGGACCCGACCCCAAAGAAGACCUGCAGCAGCUCAUGCAUUCAUCCACCAGGUGCUAGUAACCUGAUGCAUGAGCGGUUCCUGCUGUACGCAAAGUACAUGAACCAGAAGAGUCACAGGAGCAACAACAUGUUCUGUCUGGUGAGAGACCUCUGUCUCCCAAGGGGGGAAUGUGCUGGUUAAAAUGUUUCAAAUUGUGUGCUUCCACAACAUAUAUACAUAGGGGGUAUUAAACUUUUACAUUGUGUUAUAUUAGGCUUAAAUUACAUCUACAAAGAUGAUUGAGAGGGCACACACAGCUCUCUCCCUCAGACAAGGGUCAACAACGCCAGACAGAGAUAGACCCAGCGGCCUUGUGCUGCUCCAGUCUGAACCGUUAGAGAGGAGACUGGAGAGAGGAGACUGCAGAGAGGACCAGGAGGCUCAGACACAAUAACGAUAAGAGAGACGAGGGGGGAGACGUCAGCAAGAAACCUCCACAUUCCUUAAAGUAACCAGUGUGGACUGGGACAGGGGUCACACUGAGUGACGAGAACUAAUGGAGAGGAUGGGGACGAUGGUGAGCAGAUAAGUAUCAACGGCGACGGAUCCGAGGAAGAAACCGAAUUGGACGCUCCCUUCCUGUACACAUAACUUGCGAAGGUUUGAUCAUAUCCCAUAUAGUACACACAAGCACACACUUAAAGAGGCGGGAGACUGUCCUGAUAGGGAGUUUUUUUCAUACUGUUUUUGUAUUAGCAGACUAUGUGCUCAGAGGAAUAUCCAGUAGAAAGAAGAGGGUUACAAAUACCUGGAGACAACGGUUCUCUAGUACGAGGAAUAUAAAAGAUCCUGGAUAUAAGAGGGUUCAGCUUAGCUUCUUAUGAGAUCUAUCAAGUUUUUGGAUAGCACACUACACCUAUUUCUACUUAUAAUGUUGAGAUUUCCACUCUGUACUGAUAUCACACUACACUUAUUUAGUCUUAUUGUUGUUAGAGAUUUCCACUCUGUACUGAUUUAAUUUCACCUAUUUCUACUUAUAAUGUGCAGAUCUCCACCAUGUCACUGAUCGAGCCAGUUCUUCUAGAUUUAUAUUAAAAUUGAGUUACAUAAUGAAUUAUGUAAAAAUGGGGAUUGUUAAUAUUAAUCUGAUUUAUUGAAGGGACCGUAAUGUCUAGGUUCCGGCAAAACAUCAGAAGAGACGGCACUUUGCCUGUGAGGAGACAGAGAUAUUGUGUCUGCAGCUCAAGGGCAGCUACACGCCUGACCGUAUUCAACAUUCACACUUGUUAUCAAUAUUUACACAUACCAAGAGGGACGCACGGCCAACAGACAGCCCCCACCCGGGGGUAAGAGGGAUGGGAUAUGCUCCUGUGACGAGAUCUGGGGGGAAGGGAUGGAAUCUUGAUGGGCUGGGGAGAAGCGUGGGUUCCUGGGGCUAGACAGGUGUGUUGAGGAGAGCUCCCCGUGUGAUUGCAAUCGCAGGUGAGCAUUUGUACUUUGCUUUUGAUCAGUGAAUAAACGUCUCCCUAAAGGAGAGAACUAUA